AGGACUAUCAUUUUCGUAGGAUGCGCCUGUGACGUGGAGAGUGUGAUGUGCAUCAGUGAUAUAUUUGGAGUAGCCGUGCAGGACAUGUGUGGAGCUCGGUAUUUAUUUGAAGCCGUGCGUCUUUCGCAAGGCGCAGGCUAUUUCCUGCCUGUUUAAUUUGGUGCAGCUGAUGGAUGCUGCGCAGUGCGCUCCGGCAGAUGUUAGUGCGUCUUGUCUUCCUGUGCGCCCAUUUUUGAGCGUGUAACUCUCCUGGGCCUUUGGGCGUCAGAUGCAUGUUGUCAGCGUCAUUGCAGGCUGCAUAGCGUACUUUUGUGGGUGCAUAAAGACGUCCCCGUCUACUUCUGUGGCCCUGCAUGAAGAAACAGCUCACUAUGUCUUAGACCCAAAGCUCUCAAUGUUGAGCUGAAGGACAGAGAGACAAAGCCAGGACAGAAGAAGCUAAAGGUUGUGCAAGAGGCUGUCAGGCCACAUGUCUGCCCCUGCUCCAGCCAAUCGGAGGUCUGGCUUGGGUUCUCGCCGGUUUGACUACUGCAGGUUCAUAGAGCUAGACUACGUUCCCAUGGAGACAGGCUAUAUGGUCUCAAUGCGUCCGACUAAAGGCUAUGCAUCCACCAAGUCACCAACUAAAGGAUACGCUGCCACCAAAUCUCCAGAUCGCCACAGCCGUUCAGCAAACUCUCCCUCCACCCCUCGCUCUCGGCGAACACCGGCCGCUCCCAGUAAUAGAGAUCCCUAUGGCAACGCCUCAGUCAGCAGCAGCAGCAACUCAAGCUCUUGUAAAGGUAGCGACUGCAGCCCCACCAAAGGACGUCAUCAGAAGUAUACGUCAUGUACGGACAACCAUGGGAUCCGGCCCCCUCCACCAGAGCAGUACCUCACACCCCUGCAACAGAAAGAGGUGUGCAUCCGACAUCUGCGGGCCAGGCUAAAGGAAACAAUCAACACUUUGCAAGACAGAGACACAGAGAUAGAUGAACUGAAAGGCCAGCUUUACAGGAUGCAGGAGGAUUGGGUUGAGGAGGAAUGUCACCGUGUGGAGGCUCAGCUGGCCCUUAAGGAGGCACGUCAGGAGAUCCAGCAGCUCAAACAGGCAGUGGACACAGUUCGUGCCAGGCUCAGUGAUGCUGGGGGAAUCAGCGGAGACAUAGGGGUCCAGAAGUACUUCCAGGACAUCAAUGCUCAGAACCACAAGCUUGAGAACCUUUUGCUCAACAUGGAGCUAGCCCAGGCUGGAUUAGCCAAGGAGGGAGAAGCCAUACCAGGCUGUCGGACCCGUGUUGGGGGUUCGGCACCCGCAUCGGUAUCAGGGGAAAGUCCAGGGGGAAUUCCCAAACCAGCAGUAGGAGGGAGAGGUUCUUGUUCGUGUGACGCAUCCCCAGCCCGUUCUCUGACCCGGAGCUCCACCUACACUAAGCUGAGUGAUCAGGCACUGGCAGACAGGAACGGCAAUGGCCCAGACUUUCCUUGUCUGUCUGGUGACGGCACUCAGGACAGUGGCUUUGUGUGCUGUGGGGAGAGCACUGUCCCCAGCCGGGCUGACCUGCUGAUGGAGGCGGCCUUCCUCUCUGAGGAAACAGCAUCUUUGCUCAAUUCCUACACACAGACCUUUUCCCACUCUCUGCCCCACUCUCUGCCCAACUCUAUGCCUCACACUUUCUCCCAUACCUUACCUCAUUCUUUUCCUCACAAUUUGUCCCACUCUGUGCCCCACACUAUGCCGCACUCCUCCACCUACGAGAAGCUGUGCACAGGCGAGCGACUGGCACCCUUUCGUUGUGGCCUGGGUGGAGGUGGCUGUAUGAGCCAUCCAUGCCUGUCCCACCACCACCUCUACCUGCAUCCCUUGCGGGAGACGGGCAUUCAGACUGAAAGCUGCCCCAUCCCUGCAACAGCAGGUUUCCCUUCCGACCUGGAUACCAUUGCAGAGCAACGCACUUUUCGCUCGCAGGCUUGCAGCCCAACCUCCACCUGGAUAUCUGAUGAAGGGGAUGAGGAGCUGGACUCCAUCACCACCACAACUUCAGUAACUACGGCAACAGUCAUGAGUACGGCCACAGAGCCAAUUCCAGUCUCCAAAACGCCACUGGUACCUCCUUUGCCACGCUCUGCUACUAUGGUGUGCUCCAUGGAAAGUCCCCCAUGUGGGAAAGAGGGAAUGGUGGAAGAGGAAAAGCAGGAGAAAGAGAAGAGAGAGAAGGAAUCUGUGGCAACUAAGAAGCAGGAAGAAACAAUAACAGUGAUAAAAUUCACAGAAGAAGGUCAGCAGACACAGAUGGGCUCAGCGGGAGGAAAUGAAGUGGAAGUUCAGGGUGCAGGGGAGGAGGAGGCAGCUCGAGGAAAACUGUGCAAUUUAGCAGAGACAUCAGCAGAGAAACAGUGUGAGCUCAUGUUUGGAGGAUGCUGUGAAGAAAGCAGACAGGGUAGGACAACAGUGAAAACAUCUAGCUUGGAAGACACACAACAAGAAGCUAGUCUUUCAGCAGGAUCAACCCAUGUAGAGGCAGCAGAGUCAUCAUUAUCAGGUGCUGAACAGCCUCACACCUCUCAGCCAAAGAGAUCUACCUCCCAUGAGGGGAUAGCUGGUGCCACUGUGGUGGAGGUUCAUGAUGAGAAUGAUGAUGAAGAUGAAACUAAAGAGGGUGCCACAGAAGAGGAGGGAGAGACAUCUAGCUCUGGUAAAAUUCAGAAAAGCUAUUGGAGUCGUCACUUCCUGGUAGAUCUGCUAGCAGUGGCCAUCCCUGUGGUGCCGACAGUGGCGUGGCUCUGCCGUGGUCCAGCCCGUGGUGGCCAGCCCAUGUAUCAUAUAGGGUCACUGCUACGCGGCUGUUGCACUGUGGCUCUGCACUCUCUGCGCAGGGGAGGUGGGUUGAGGCAUUACCCCGCAGGCGGGGGAGACCUAGGUGGAUCACUGAUAUGAGGAGAAUCUGUUCAGCAUCUCUGUGGUCUUGUAUUACGACCCCUCCUCUAAGGGGCUGGGUCCUUAGCUUGAUGGAAAAUAUGUUUAGUGUGAGCAUUUCUCAUCAAGGUUAAUAGCUGACGGGAGCAUCAGGAAAUUUGCAUUGAUGAGUAAGGUCUCUGACUGGCAAACUCUGUUCUGUGUGGUCCUGCUCCUUAUUGUCUCUCACCCACUGGUCUUUGCUGUUGCUACCAAGAUGUCUGCUAACACUACUGACUAGUGCAAAACUGAACAAGCUGAUUGAAAUGAAUGAUCAGUGCUUGGAUGCAAAAUGCCGAUUGUUUUGUUUUAAAUGCAGGGAAAUGUUAAAGGUUAACUGAUGUAUCAACCUAUCAGUCUGGCUCAUUUCUGACAUUUUCAAAUUAUCGAUUGAUGAGUGUGUACAUGCAAUAUUGUAUUUGUACUGUGUGGAAAACCACAUGGCUUUGUGAUCUGCAGUAGAUGAGCCACACUCUGCUCUUUGACCAGUGAGUGAUAAAUCCACUCUAAUUACAACAUUCUUCUCUUUUAGUCUUUGUUCAAGUUCAAGACUGAAAACAUGACAAACACCAAAAACAGAACUCAGGCUGAUUCUGAGGGUAGAAACACACCGUAACGCAGCACGGCUACCCAGAACUAGACUCUCGCCUGUUCUGUUAGCGGGCAUGUUCAGUGUGCUGACACAGCAGACAGCUUAUUACUGUUGUUUCUGUUCAUGACAGUUUGACGUUAAAGUUUGAGGAGUUUAUAAUGUCACGACGUGAGCGUUCAGAACAAUAAACAACACUGCAUUUAAACAAAGGUAUGGGUUGUUGGUGCGGUGUGCAACACUGCUUAACUGGCCAAACAAUCAAAUAUGUGGAUGCUGGGUGAUCAGAUGGAUUUCUGACAUGUUGGUUUGAGCUGUUUUCACAAUUUCCUUCAUGGCUACUGUAAAAAGAUCAGCGAACUGUAGUGAGCUGAAAUUAAGCUAGUAGGCGGAUAGCAUAGCUUAGCAGGACUGUGCAUGGGGGGACAAAGCUCUGUACAAAGUAUUAAAAAAACACUUUGUUUACCAGCACCUCAGAAAUGAGCUAUUUAACGUGUUCUAGCUAAAUGUUAGGUGCUGGUACUAUAUCUUCCUGGUAACAUUUAGAAAGAUGCAAGUGUAUUUCCCAAAACUAAUACUUUAAUGUGAGUGUUGCUGUGCUGUGAUUUAAAAAAAUAAACUUUACAAAUGAUCAGACAGGAUAAAAAUGAUCAGGGAGGGUCACCAUUAUCUGUGUAUGUAGUGGCUGGUGCUUAAACUAAAGGCAUGGCUUAAACUGCUUGGAAAGCCUGAAAUUGAUAUGUUUGAUCAGAAAUUGCUAUAUUUACUAUUUAUUAGAAAAUUGUUUACAGAACAAUGAGGUCAGUGAGGAUUUUUUUUUAGUCAUGAGUACAAUCACUGGCCCAUUUUACAGUACUCAUACUAAUAAAAAGUACAGCAUCUGUAUCCUUGGAAAUAGAGAGAAAUUGGUGUUUCUUUUUUUUGCUUUUAACAGAAAACACCUACAUCAGUUGACUUGAUGCCAUCUAAAUUCCACUCUUUCCAAGGGGAUAUAUUUACAUUUAUUUCUCCAGUGUCUUAGAAUUUGCUCUUUCAUUUCCCUCAGCCUCUUUUCUAUUCUAAUCAAAAAAGUCAAAACUUCAUAUAACUGAGGUGUGAGGGAUUUGUUUCUUCUCUUGGAGAUUAAUUGUAUCCGAUGACAGCUUGCUGUGUUUAGUGUGUUUCUACCUUCAGAGUAUAUGAUUACAUCUCCAGAUUCAGAUGCAAAAGCUCACACUUGAGUUCAGCAAGUCCACAGAGUUGGUCCCCAGUUAUUCUCCAGAUUUAUUCAACAAUUGAAAAUUGCCACAUAUUUUAUGACUGUGACCACACCUUACAAUGUCUGUUAUUCUACUUCUUUUUGUCUGUUGGUUUUUACUGUGCAGUUAUAGCCACAGCCUACAUAUAUUCUACAAUUCAUUGUUUUUGUCAACCAAAAGGGAGUAGGUCAACAUUUUGGAAAAUUUGCUUAUUUGCUUAUUUGAAAACUGAUUCCACUGUCAUGGUAAUUAUGAAGCUACAGCCAGAACAUGAUUAGUUUAGCUCAAUAUAAAGACUUGAAGCAGGGAGGAACAGCUAGCCUGGCUCUGUCCACCUGCAAGCACUUCCAAAAUCCACAAAUUAAAAGCAAAGAUCUUGUUUGUUUAACGAGAACACAAUGGAAGUGUAAAAAACGACAAGUUGUGUCUCGAGAAACUCUUUGUUCUUUAACGACACUUCUCAGGCAUUUUGUUUGACUUGUCUCUCCUUUGCAUAUCUUCUCAUCACAGUCUUUGUUCUUGGAAUUCAGGUUUUGAAAGAAACUAAUAAGAACGUGGACAUUAUGGCAUUAUGGAACUUUUUCCUGUACUCAGUCGUACGGUUGGUUCUUGGACCCUGGAGUUUGCAUUCAAAGCAAACUCAGCUGUACUCACUUUGGGCUACUUUGAUUUCCCACACAGGAAAUCUCUUAAGGAAAGUCAUCUGAUUAUCAGACAUGUGUUUCUAAAUUCUCACUGGCUCAGUUUGACUCUUAUAUGCAGAUCUGAAUGAAGUGAGUUGUGCUCAGUCUGUGCUCUGUGCUGUAAAUUUCUGCUAACUUAAUGCUCUUGUGGUGUAGUUUAGCUGUCACUCUGGUAGUUUGUAUUUCAAGUCCACUGUGCAAGAGUUAGUCAGUCACUGCAAAACAAUGAUAUGUUUAACAGCUCAUUCUGUAAAGCAUUUCUAGACAUAAAGUACUACAUGUUAGUUGACGCUCAAGUAAUCGAUAAGAUAUAUGGGUUGUAAUUGCAUCAGUUUUUGUUUUCUUUGUUUAACUGAGGUCUUAAGAGGACUUUAAAGAAAAGUGGCAUCUGAUGGCAAUUUCUUCUGUUUGCUGAUCUUAUGCAGAUGUUUAACUGUAUGCGUGAAAAGGGCAAAUAAGCAGCCUGCAACUAUAAAAUCAAAAUUCGUCUGUCAGAGACUCAUGAGCCAAAUGUCAAACACCCCAACAGAACCAGCAAAAAUAGUAUGACGUCAACUGAACUGUUCAGUUCUCUGGUGAAGAAGCAGCAUGUUUGGUUUUUUUGUUUGUUUUUUUUUUUUACUAUUCUGUUGACAUAUUUUGCACUAUUGCUCACUUUAUGAAUUUUAAGCAAUUACUUGAAAUUAAGAUUGUAUUAUUAUGACCACUGAGUUGUGACUGAUUGUUUUGUUGGUCUGCAGUGUCAUUUUGGUGAAGCGUAACUAAAGUAAUGCAGACAUUUCAGGUAGAUCAAUACAUGUCAUUAUUCCUGUGUUGUAAAAUCAGACUCUGGCAGAGAAUGAACAGUGUGUGUGCUACAUGGUUAAAUUAUGUAACUGUCAGUGACAGUCAUGACAAUCCUGUCUGUGUUUGGUUUUCACUUCAUUGAUUUGAAGGCUUCACAGCAGCAGCGCUCAUCAUUGCGUUAAGAUUCAUGAAAAAAUUGAAUGAAUGCCUUACAGACAUACGUGACUGUCUCUUCUCCACACACACUCAACCAUAACCUUUCCUCAUUGUCUAGACAUGCGUGCAUCAGUUGUGUUGACAUCUCCUGACUGUUUGAACCGCUUCGAUAAAGUGGAUUAGGAGGCUGAAAUGAUUUCAUGUUUUACAAAAAGCCAUAUAACCCUGUGGGGGAACAGGUGUGGGAAUGUGAGAUGUGGGAGGUGACCUCCUCCUCUGUAUUUUGGAAAAAAAAAAAAUCUUUGAUUUCUUAUGGUCUCAUUAAACACAGGCUGUCGUAACUAAUACAGGGUGAUGGGGAAAAGAAAGGCUAAAUUCAGCUCAGGCUUGUUUUGGGUAGCAGCAAUCAUCUCAACUCCCUUCAUUUACCUCUAUGCAUAACAGUCUACGCUUCAGCUGCAUUAUGUAAUCACAUGUGAGUUUCUGACCACUAAACUCUAGUGCACUGUUAUUAUUGUCAUUAUCACAGAGCUUCCAAAGUCCUGAAAGAUGUGUUUGUUAAUCUUGUCGUCCACUUUAAAUAAAAUAAUCACUUUUACACAGAAGAUAUCAUUUAAUAUUUUGCGCUCACCUAUCGUGAUAUCCUGCUGGAACAAGUUAUGUAUCUUGUCUUAUAACUAUGUUUCUUCUUACACAAGACACGUAGAUUGUGUUGUGUGCAAUAAUGCUCACAAGGUGACUUGAGCAUCACCAGUGGAAAUUAACUAAGGACAUUUUGUCAAGUACUGUAGUUAAGGUAAAAUUCUGAGGUACUUUUAUUUUACUUGAGUAUUUUCAUUUUCUGCUACUUCAUACUUCCACUCCACAAAUCAGAGGCCAAUAUUGUGCUUUUUACUCUGCUACAUUCAUUUGAUAACUUAAGUCACUAGUUACUUUACAGAUUUAAUUUAAUAAUACAAAAUAUAAUCAAUUAGUAGUAAGUAAACUAUGACGUGAUAUGAUAAAUUAAGAUUAGACUUUAUUGAUCCCUGAGACAAUCAGUUUACAGGGAUACAGUUUACCACCCAGAUCACACAGACAAACUGUAUAGCUACAUUAUACAGUACUACUGUGUUUACUAGCUUCAGAAUUAAAAUGAUGAACAUAUUAGUGCAUCAAUAAUUGUUAUCCAAUAAUAAUCACAAUAUAUAUGUAAUAUAUAUUAUUUUGAAUUAUGCCAAUCUACAUAAUGAAUACUUUUACUUGUACUUUAAGUAUAGUUUGUUGCUAAUACUUCUAUACUUUCAUUAAAAUAAAAAUAUAAAUGUCAGACUUAGAAUAAAAUAUUGCUACUUUUACUCAAGCACUUUUUCCACAUUUGUCGAUUGUACAAGUUGUGUAUCUCAUGUGUAGUCUGUAUUUGAAGUUUUUGUAUCUUUUUUUUUCAGGGACAGUGCAUAUUGAUCAACAUCUAUGUAAAUGUACCAGUCACUCUGGCGAAAGAAUUUCAGGACUUUGGUGACUCUGUAUCAGGUAGAUUUUUGUCUUUAUUUUUGUCUUUUACUUUUUGGUCCUAAUGGAAUUUGGUGAACAACAUUACAUCCUUUGUCCCCAGCAUUUUUCUGUCCAGUGGGUAAUAAAUGUCAUGGUCUGUUCUUGUUUAGAAUUGUGACACUUAAAUGCUUCAGUUUCAGAAGAGGCUUGAGAUUCAACACGGUGUGAUUGAUUUAUUCAUUAAAAGUUAAACUUGACUUUAUUCCAGUCAGUCUUUGCCAUACAACACACAUCUUAUCAUAUCAUAAUCCAUCCUAAGAUUAGCGUAGUGCCCAGUAGGCCAGUAUCCCGAGAGUGUCCUCUUCUGCAAGAGCAUGAUUGUGCCUCACAGAGACGUGGUUUUCUGUUUCUGUCCCAUAAUACACCUGGACUUUCUGUUGUGGUGUGAGUUUGUGUCAGUGUACAGUAUGUGGGCUGAGAGGGAUGAGUGGCCAUGUGACUGUAUCCUUAGACACAUGAUGCAGAAUAUUUCUUGGAGAAGACAGGAGGAGGUGGGGGUGUUUGGCAUUUUAUUUUGAUCAAUAAUUGAAUGUGUAUUGCCAUUAUAUGCUUUAUUCCUUGUCUGAUUGUCUUAUGUGUUCCAUAGCGUAUGUAAUGCUAAUUAAUGUAUACAGAGGUUGUACCAAGUCCUUUAACAUCUUACCAUUAAGGACAUUCAAUGCCUUGUAUAGGAAUUCAGCUAACAUUGAUAAUAUAUACAGAAUUAACUAUUUUAAUGGCAAUAGUUGUGUGUACAGUAUAUUGGUAAGCUACUUCUCAAUUCACACUCCCACCACACUGUAUAAAGAAAGACCAAAAGGCCCAAUAUUAAACAGCAUGGAGGAAGCAAUUCUGUUGUCUUCAUCUGUGUGUUUGUCUGAA